AUGAGUCCAGACAGCGAAAAGGCAAUAGAGGGACAACGAGUGGUGGGAGACACAAAAGCUGUAUCUGAAACAGGGUCAAGGCAUGGCGAUUCUCACGGAUCGCCGCUACAUCGGAAGUUAAAGUCGAGGCAUUUGCAGAUGAUUGCUAUCGGGGGAAUCAUCGGACCAGGCCUUCUCGUGGGCUCCGGAAACGCGCUUCAUCUUGCAGGUCCCGCUGGAAUUUUAAUUUCCUUUGCUCUCGUCGGUUUAAUCGUCUUUUUUGUAAUGCAAUCACUCGGCGAGCUCGCAACACUCAUUCCCGUAACCGGCUCCUUUGUCGAAUACGCUGAGCGCUUCGUCGAUGACUCUCUCGCAUUCGCCCUCGGGUGGGGAUAUUGGUAUCUCUGGGUUACUGUUCUUGCUAAUGAAUAUAAUGCGAUUUCCCUCGUUGUGAUGUACUGGUCCGACGUCGUUCCACAAUGGGCGUGGAUCCUAAUGUUUUGGGUGUUAUUUUUAUCUUUAUCUAUGCUAGGGGUUUUGGCAUACGGGGAGGUGGAGUUUUGGUUAAGUCUGAUUAAAGUCAUCUCGAUAACGAUAUUCUUUAUUGUUGCAAUCGUGAUAUCGGCGGGUGGGAUUGGGCCGCAGAAGAUUGGGUUCAAGUAUUGGAAUGACCCGGGAGCCUUUGCGGAUGGAAUAAAUGGUGUUGCAAGGACCUUCGUCAUUGCCGGUACACUAUAUGCCGGCACGGAGAUGGUGGGUAUUACAGCGGGAGAGGCUGGAAAUCCAGGGAGAGCCGUUCCAAGAGCCAUUAGGCAGGUUUUCUGGAGGAUCUUGAUCUUUUACGUGGGGAUGAUGUUCUUUAUUGGCAUUUUAAUGCCUUACGAUGACCCCCGCCUUCUAUCAUCUACCUCCCGCACCGCCCGCUCGCCUCUCACUAUUGCCCUUGAUAGUGCUGGAAUCCACGUCGGCGCUCACCUCAUCAAUGCUCUUAUCGUCAUCUCUGUAAUCUCCGCAGGCAACUCAUCGCUUUAUGUCGCCUCCAGAACCAUUUUAUUCAUGGCCAGCACCGGAAAAGCACCCAAAAUCUUCUCCAAAGUUGAUAAACGCGGCGUUCCCUGGGCAGCACUCUUGUUAUCGAAUCUUGGGGCCUGUAUAUCAUUUUUAUCGCUCUCUGGGAGCGCUGGCGAGCUCUAUGAGGCGCUUAUAACGCUUAGUGGGUUGUCAACAUUUAUGGUGUGGGCGACGAUUAUGUUUGUGCAUAUCCGCUUCCGACGGGCGAUGGUGGCGCAAGGGCAGAGCAUUGAAGCACUGCCAUUUCAGGCCGCUUGGUACCCAUAUGGUGCUUAUGCUGCGUUGGGGGCCAACAUUUUCUUAAUAUUUUUCCAGGGGUAUACUGCAUUCUUGAACCCAUUCAGCGCCAAAGAUUUUGUAAUAAACUACAUUCUCCUGCCAGUGUCAGUGAUAUUUUUUGUUGUGUACAAGUUCUGGAAUAAGACCAAGUGGGUGCGGUUGGAGGAUAUGGAUCUGUACACUGGGAGAAGAGCGGAUGAUACGGUAGUUCUCGAAGGAGUAGAGGUACCGUGGUGGACUAAAGUAAGAAGAUCCUUGGUCGGGUAA